AUGCCGUCGGAUCAAUCUAGAAUGUUUGAUCCACCGUUGACCGUUUUGAAAAUAUUCGGAGUAUGGGAAGGCAGAACGCCCUCGAAAUAUUACAAAACCUUUUCAUUUCUGUUCCUUUUUGUGUCAUGGUUUUUUUAUAACUUUCUUCUUACUUUAAACUUGGUUUAUACUCCUCGAAGUGUGGAGCUUUUUCUACGAGAGGUGAUAUUUUAUUUUACAGAAAUAACUGUUACAUCGAAAUUUUUAACAGUUCUCCUCUUGCGUGAUAAAAUACUUGAAGCAUUUAGUGUAAUUGAUUCCGAUGAGUUUGUCGGCGAUUAUGAAAACAAAGACGGUAUUCUAUACAGAACUAAUAAGGGAUACAGUUUCUGUUGGAAAGUAUACAACGUUUUGGCGCUCAUAGCUUAUACGUGUGAUAUAAUAAUGCCCGUAGUUAUUGAUCUUAUUCGAGGAACCAAAUCUGUACUGCCCAUAUGCAACUAUUACUUUUUGAGCGAAGAUUUCCGAGAUUCUCAUUUUGUUAUUUUGUACCUCUAUCAAUCCAUAGGAAUGUAUGGACACAUGAUGUAUAACUUAAACAUGGAUUCUUUGGCAUGGGGAUUACUAGCUGUAGGUAUAGCCCAAAUUAAAGUACUUAACAAAAAUUUUACGGAUUUAAAAUUAUCAGCCGAAGAAAGCAAGCUGCCCUUAGAAAUUCAAGACAACGUUCAAAAAACGAGGCUCUUUAAAUUGUUACGACACUACGAAGCCAUUUUGAACUUCGGAGCGUUGACAACUUGUGUUAUUAUGUGUAGUUUAUUGAUGCCAGGAACGAUGGUGUACAGAAUAUUUCUAGUCAUUUAUUUACUUGCUAUGGCUGGUCAGAUUGCUGUGCCAGGAUUUUUUGGUACUCUAUUAACUCAUGAAAGUGAAGAAUUAGUAACAGCGGCAUAUAACUGCGAAUGGAUAGAGAGAUCACAGUCAUUCAAAAGAACUUUGAUCCUAUUCAGAGAACGGGCAGGGACUCCGAUCAUAAUUUCGGGCAUGAAAAUGUUUCCUCUGUCACUCGUCACUUUUGUUGCAAUCAUGAAAACUACGUACUCCUUCUUCACGCUUAUAAGAAAUGCUCAAGAAACAUAGACUCACCGCUAUUUAAGGUUACAACGCCAGCCUAUACAUCACCUAUAUUUUAGUUUGUUAAAUAAUUUAAUUUGAAAUU